AAUACCGCGCAAGAGGUGAUGGUCUGUGAUCAAAAUACAAUACAAGUAAAAAAAAUGAGAUAUUGAGUGGUUGAAAUAAUAAAAGUUCUCUAUGUUUGGGAUUUCCUUGAUUCAGUCGAUUGUUUUAAACGCCAUUGUGGGUAGUAGCCCGUAUCUACUCCGUAGAGGCGUUACAUUGUGCACCGAAAAGUCAAUGGUAAGACGACAAGUGCGACUGUGAUUGAUCGACGCAAAACAAGAACAAUAGCAAAGAAAAUUGACUUUUGAAAGUGCAAGAAAACCAAAUAAUUUUAAUGAAAUAAGGAUGACGCAUCCGGGAAUGGCUUUUGUACUCGUUGUUGGAGUUGGUUUAGCAACAAUAUUGUAUUACAUGUUUGCGGAUUCAAGCAAUACACAUAAUUCACACAAUCCUCAUGGGGCUGAUGUUGGGAUACAACCGGAUCCACCGAAUAAUUCGUGGACACCUCGUGACAGAUCGAGAUGUAGAAAGAAGGAUUCUAGUGCUGGCAAUGAAAAAGCUAGGUGCACGAUUUGUCUGAAUGAUAUUGGGGUACAACAGAUUGUUUAUGUUCAUCCAUGUAGGCAUCACUUUCAUGAGUCUUGUAUUCAGGAGUGGAGAGAUCAGAGACAAAUGGUUGGUGCUGAUCGCGCCAUGUAUUCAAAUAUUUUCAGUCAUUCAAUUGGACUAUUAAGGUGUUUGGCAAAAGGAAAUGGCUAAAGAUUUGACCACUGAUUCAGAGUGAUAUAACAGAGGGCAUGUUGUGGGGUGAUACCGCAUAAACGAUCAGUGAGAGGUGGUAGAAUUUUUCUGUUUAUUUCCUGGGAGUUAAUAUCCGUUUAUUUUCCAACGGGGGUUCCUGGAUUCUCCAAGAAUUUUGUCACCGAUUUGCCAACUUCACCGCCAAAUUCAUUCUCAGUUGGAUAAUUUAAGUUGGAUACGUUUAUCCUUUAAAAAUAUUGACACGCGGAAAUCACUUUUUUAUUUAGUAACUCUGUUCUAAGUGAGAUAAAGGAAAGAAUUAUUGUCUGAUUCGGUUUUAUUCUUCUUCAGCGUACAUAACUAAUAACAAGUGUAGAGUAAUUGAAACAUGAAUGAAACUUGAAUAGGAGCUAAAUCAUUCUGUACU